AUGGAAUCAUUGUCAACAGUAAAGAUUGAUGGUCAAUAUGUAUCACUAUCGAAAUACAUUCAAUCUAUGAUCAUUGACAAGGUAGUUCAUGGUCAUGAUUUCAAAGAUCGUCAAUAUUAUGAUGGGUUUAGAUCAAUAACACCACAAGAAAUAUUAUAUCUAAUGAUACAUACAAGACCUCUAGAGAAACAAAACAAGUUUAUUAUAUUCAAACAACUUGGUAGUAUUGCAUUAGUAUCGAAAUGGUGGAUGAAAGUAGUACAACAAAUCGUAACAUCUACACCAUCAAGCAUAAAGAUAGUUGGUCUGUUUAAAGAAUCCUAUUUUACAGAUACUUCUUCAUCCUCUUCAAUCACCUAUCUUAAAUGGAAGAUAAUCAAUGAUUAUCGUACAUCACCAAACUAUAAAGAGUUUGAUUAUUCAAGAUUACCUCUUUUACUACCAAACCUAAAGUCAAUCGAUAUUGUUGGAAUUGAUUUAAACAAGAAAGUUACUCAAGCAAUUGUACAAGUUAUCAAUCUAUUCCCACACAUUCAAGUCAAUUUGGAUAUCACGGUUCAUAAUGGUGGCGGUUUAAAAUGGCCUGAUAAUAUCUAUUUUCAGGGACUUGUACCAAAAGUAGUCAUAACACACUCCAACAAUCUUUACUACUAUGAAGAUAUAUACAAUAUCGAGUACAGUAUUAAAAUGCUAGAUGAUUUAAAACCAAAUUAUGUCAACAUUGGUUUCGAUGAUGGUGGUCAUGAUGGAGGAUCUAUACAUUACAAUUAUCCAACAUUAUUCAAUCAUCUUACUACAUCUAGUCACAUCAACAUUGAAUAUGACUUUGUGGAGCUGAAUAUUUUAAAGUACAUCAUCAACUCUGAUAAUUAUAAUAUUCAAAGUCUAAAAGUUGGUAUUAUCACAUGUCCUUUGGAGAAUGAACCAUUUCAAGCGCCAAGUAGAGGGAGAGCACAACAUUAUACAUAUCAAAAUGGUUGUAGAGAUUGCUAUCGCCAAGAACUUGGAAAAAGAGAGACUCUAAGAGAUUGGGAUGAGCUUUGCACUAAUCUCUCCAACAAUUCAAUAUUGAAAAAACUUUGGUUGGAAAAUCCACAUGGAAAUGAAAGAGAAGAGGAAGAAGAAGAAGAAUCAGAAGAAAUCAAUACUAAAAAAUCAAUGACUUGGGAAAGAAUAAUAUCAUCAUUUGCAUCGAUUUGGGACGCUAACGAAACGAUUGAACUACUUUCAUUGUCAAAUCAUCCCAAUAUCAUUUCACCAGUAUUCUUUUCCUUUAUUUGUCACAAUCAAACUAUUACAACAUUAAUAUUGAUAGAUGGUACUUUGAUAGAAGAAUACAUUCCAUCUUUCUCUCUAUUAUUGGUGACCAACCAAACAAUCACAGCAUUAGAUAUCAACAAUAAUCAAUUACAACCAAGUACCGAGUUAAACACUACACUCAAACAAAACAAAUCGAUCAAAGUAUUAAAUAUUGCAGAUAAUUAUUUUACAUUUGAUUUGUUUGAUUCAUUGUUGGAAAGUGAUUCAAUAGAAUAUUUAAUAAUCGAUCAGGAAUUGUCAAAGGAUUAUCAUCAACACCGAUAUUUUAAUCAAUCAAAAUCAAUGAUUGAAUGUUUUUGUAUUGAAGCUGGCAACAAACCAUUUGAUUUCUAUUUUAAUCGUCAUCUACUUUUAGAUUAA